AGUCAUGGUUUAACCGGUAGUAUAAGAUAUGAUAUAUUGUUCAAAUAAUACUUAAAUAUUAUAUGAUUUUAGGAGAAAAAGAAAAAUAAAACAACAACAUGUUCCAUUUAUAUGAUUAAGGGGGAGAAAAGAGAAAAUUAUUCAAUAGACCUUCCAUAUUAUGCAGUAUUUUUAGAUCGAAUGAAGGGAAAUGAAAAGCACGGCCAAUAGCAGCCUUAAUUAGCGAAUAAUUAGGAAUUAGUGGUUUAACCUUGCUUCACGCUUUCCCCCUCGCCGCCCAUGCCAUAAUCCUUCCUUCCUAAUAACCGCCUUUCUCCAACUCUUGCUCGCCCGACAUGUGGCCGUCUCUUUCUAUCUGCCCCCUUUCUUCUCUCUUUUUUCCUCUAGAAAAUCAUAUUUUGUUACGAACGAACACACAUGAAUCGGAGAAAUUUAUUCCAAAAUUUUUUUUAUGAUAGAGGUUGCUAAUGAUAACUUUCUGCCUGGUUGAUUAAGAAAGACAUAAAUGAAAUCGUACGUAUGAACCUCUCUAUCUAUUUGUGAAGGGAGGAGAGCAGCUGCAAGAAGGACAUCAACAGUUGCGACGAGUUAGCAAUGGCAAUUGAUGACGUUGACAAGAGAGAGGACGAGAUUGAGCUGGAGCUAGGGCUUUCUCUUGGCGGGAAUUGCAAUACCCGACUGCAGAAAUUCAUUUCGGUUCAGAAGGAGGCCCAUGAGCGGAAAUCCAUACCUGAGUCGGCUGAUUUGGGUUUUGGGGUUCAAGCUUGCACGAGAUUUGGAGAAUUGUCGGGCUUUAUGGGUGCGAAUUCUGAGCAGGACAUGGAUCCCAAGAUGAAGCGCGAAAUUCACGCAAUGAGGAGGCAAGAAGCAAAGAAGAAGAGGGGUGAGAAGCAGUUGAAGAUGGCGCUUUCCAAAGGGGAAGCUCACCGCAGCUAUCGGAUGUUCCUAUCCGGCGAAUGCUGUUUAUUUGAAUGGAGUAUCUCACCACGAUCCGGAGGAGCAUAAAUGCAAGAGGAGCAAGAGCAUCAAUUUCAGUGUCGAGCGGUUGGCGUCUACACCACCUACCUUGCAACGACUCUCGAGCCCGACUUCUCUACAAUUCAGUGUGCCAACUCACGGGGUUGGGCGAACCGAAAGCAGAGCAAUUCCCUGUUGGUUCGUUGGUGGCGGGUUCGAGAGGAAUCUAAUUCGACCAGUGGCAUGCUAUGAUUUCGGGGCGCCGUUCCAUGUGUGUGUUGAACCUUGUCAGGGAGUAACAAACGUGCAUGAUUCGGAGCAGCACGGUGACGAAGGCGGGUCGAAUGAGUCACAUGUAUAUACCUCCUCCAUAAUUUUGGAUUACCGGAGUUCUUCUCAUGAAGGUAUAUUAUAUUAUAUGAUAUUAGAUUACUGUUCUUCUAGUUCGUAUCCUCGUUCUUCUGAUGACAAUUUAUAGACACUAAACCACCUAUUGUCUCCUUUUUUUUUGUGAGGCAGAGUACUAAUUGCUAGAGCUAAUGAUUUUAAAGAACACACACAUUCUAUGGACUUGGUUAAUAAUUGGCAAUAGAUUGCUACAUUGCCAACUCUUGAAAGAAAGAGAGGCAAGCUUAAUUGUUGCUAGGAGGUUAGCUAUUGGCAGCAGAUUUUAGCUCCUAGCUAGCUAGAAAUAGAGCCUUCCAUGGCAGAGCAACUUCUUUCCAUUGUAUUGAAAUGAAAUUUUCUUGCUGGUCUAGGAUUGGGAUUUUGCUUAGGAGUUGAAGCUAUAUUUGCUAAAAAUCAAACUAUUUCUAAAAU